CUUGAGUCAUCGCUUACUACUCCUUGACACUGAUUCUUGGCCACUUAGGCACCACACUGCGCAUAACCAUAUUAUACAUUCUCCCCCUUCAACAUGUCCUCGAAACGGCUCAGCGGCAAGGUCUGCAUCAUCACCGGCGCUGGCAGCGGCUUUGGCGAGACGUUCGCGAAGCGCUUCGUCCAAGAAGGCGCCAAAGUCGUCAUCGCGGAAAUCAACCAGACCGCUGGUAAACGCGUCGAGGAAGAAAUCGCGUCCUCCCACGCCGACCAAGUCCUCUUUGUCCACGCCGAUGUCACAAGCAAACAAUCAUGGGAGGAGCUGCUGCAGAAGGUGCUGGAUAAGUUUGGCACACUGGAUGUUGUGUUCAACAAUGCUGGAACAACAUACAGGAAGAAACCGUCGCAUGAAGUGACAGAAAAGGAGUGGCAGAUGUUGAUUGAUGUCAACAUGAAGAGCAUAUACUUGAGCACUGCGGUAGUCGUGCCAUAUUUCAUGAAUACGAAGGCUGGCAUCAUGCUAAAUACUUCGUCCAUCGGUGGGUACCAUACCAAGGAAGAGUUAGUCUAUUACGGCGCGAGCAAGACCUUUGUCAAUAUGAUCACCGAGGGUCUCGCGUCCGAAUAUGGACCGCAUGGAAUCCGCGUCAACUCCAUAUGCCCGCUCCUCGGCUAUACAGGGUUAACCGAGGCCUUCAUCGGCGCAAAGAAUGAUGCGGGCUUCCGUGCCCAAUUCGAGGCUACAGUGCCACUUAGAAGGGGUCUGGACAACAACGAUCUUGCGAAUGCUGCGAUCUACCUCUGCUCUGACGAAGCAUCGUUUGUCACUGGCGUCAACUUGAAGAUUGAUGGUGGUAGUACAUGUGUCUGACCGUUCUAAGGACGCCACCCUCAAAUAUAUC